GUGAACCUCUCAGCACCAGUGGUCAACACCAGCUGCUGGAACCAGCCCACCCUUGUCUCCACCGCCUACCACAAGGUGGACCUGUUCAACGGGCAGCUGGACGGUGUACUUCUCACUUCUAUCUUUGUCACCGCUCUGGGGGACGUCACUGUGGCCCACUUGGGCACAGCAGAGGGACGCAUCUUCCAGAUGGUGCUCCAGCGUUCCAGCUCCUACCUCCUGACCUUGGCCAACUUCUCCUUGGGGGAGCCGGAAAAAAAAGGGCUGCAGAGCCACUCGCUGUUCUUUGCCGCUGGCACCAAGAUGUGGCGUCUGAACGUCACUGGUCCCGGCUGCCGCCACUUCUCCACAUGCCAGCGCUGCCUGCAGGCUGAACGCUUUAUGGCCUGUGGCUGGUGCAGGGAUGGGUGCACGCGCCACCACGAGUGCACUGGCCCCUGGGUCCAGGACAGCUGCCCACCCAUCCUCACUGACUUCCACCCCCGGAGCGCCCCACUGCAGGGUCGAACACGGGUGACGCUUUGUGGUAUGACCUUCCACUCCCGCUCAGACCCUGACCCUAGCCACAACCCUGCCAGUGUCUACCGGGUGGCAGUUGGACGACGAGGCUGCACUGUGCUGCCGGAGGAGAGUAGGAGCUACAGUCCCCUGGCCACCUCCCAUCGCAAAGAGUUUGUGGACAUGCUGGUGUGUGAGCUGGAGCCAGGGGGCCCAGUGGCAGGACCCUCCGGCUUCCGUGUCCAUGGCUCCGCCACCCUCAGUGGCUUCAUCUUCGUGGAGCCCCAUAUCAGUGCCCUGCACCCCCAGUUUGGCCCCCAAGGGGGUGGCACCCACCUCUCACUCCAUGGCACAGACCUCUCGGCAGGGAGCAGCUGGCGGGUGAUGAUCAAUGGUUCCGAGUGCACCCUGACCAGGCAGCCCAGGCAGGACAAUGGGACAAUUCAAUGCACAGCUCCUGCCGCCGGUGGCAUGGGUGCAGCCCAGGUGGCCCUGUGGAUUGACGGGGAGGAGUUCCUAGCCCCUCUGCCCUUCCAGUACCGCCCUGACCCCUCUGUGUCAGCCAUCACUCCCAGCUGCAGCUAUGAGGGCUCGAUGCUGACUAUCAUUGGCACCCACCUGGACUCAGUGUAUCGCACCAAGAUUCGCUUUGAAGCCAACGGCGUGAUUACCCAAACCACAGAGUGCGAGGAACCACAGGCACACGACUGGCUGCGGUGCCGCAGCCCAGCCUUUCCCUUCGAGAGCAAGGUGGACACAGCACUGGGGAACCUGAGCGUGCUGCUGGAUGGCACCGACGGCCGCUGGCUCUUCCGCCUUCGCUACUACUCCCAGCCUGAGGUCUUCCCCUUGGAGCAGGAGGGCAGGCGCCUCCGCCUCAAGCCAGGCGACGAUGAGAUCGAGGUUCAUCAAUUGGGGCUGGAUGCUGUGGCUGCUUGCAUGAACAUCACCAUGAUGGUGGGGGGCCAGGACUGCCACCCCAAUGUCCUGAAGAAUGAGGUGACGUGCCGCCUGCCCCACGGGCUGCGCCUGCCCCCCACUGGAGCAUCUGUGGAGAUCUGUGUGAAUGGUGCCUGUAAGGCAGUGGGCUGGGUGCUAUCGCCCCCCAUCUCGCUGGACCUGGCUGCCAGCCUGGCCCUGGGCAUCGGCAUCAUCUUCCUGGUCUGCUGCAUCCUGGCUGCCAUGCUGUUCCGCUGGCGCUGGAAGAAGAGGAGGGGGACAGAGAACUUGGAGCUGCUGGUGCAGCCCAGCCGCAGCAACGCUACCAUCACCACUCAGCGCCCUGGCGUCGAUUACAGAGAGGUGCUGGUGCUGAGCACAGCAGGCAGUCCCGGCCUCAUGAGGACCCACACACGAGUCACCGGUGCUGGUGCUGGUGCCAAUACCAGUGCCAGUGUUGGUGCUGGUGCCAGUGUGGCAGGCGGCGGAUCCCCUGUGCCCCUGCUCAGGGCCACAUCCUACUGCCUGGAGGACCUGCGACCAGAGCUGCUGGAGGAGGUGAAGGACAUCCUCAUUCCUGAGGAGCAGCUUGUCAUGCAUCGUGACCGGAUCAUUGGCAAAGGGCAUUUUGGCAGUGUCUUCCAUGGCACCUAUUUGGAUCCACUGCUGGGGGACCUCCACUGUGCCAUCAAGUCCCUAAACCGCAUCACAGACCUGGAGGAGGUGGAGGAGUUCCUGCGUGAAGGCAUCCUCAUGAAGAGCUUCCACCACCCCCAGGUACUCUCGCUGCUGGGGGUGUGCCUGCCCCAUGAGGGGCUGCCCCUCGUCGUCCUGCCCUACAUGCGCCACGGGGACCUGCGCCAGUUCAUCCGCACCCAGGAGCGGAGCCCUACAGUGAAGGAGCUCAUUGGCUUUGGGCUUCAGGUGGCACUGGGCAUGGAGUACCUGGCCCAGAAGAAGUUUGUGCAUAGGGACCUGGCAGCCAGAAACUGCAUGCUGGAUGAGACGCUGACAGUGAAGGUGGCAGACUUUGGGUUGGCACGGGACGUGUUCGGCAAGGAGUACUACAGCAUCCGGCAGCACCGCCACGCCAAGCUGCCCGUCAAGUGGAUGGCACUGGAGAGCCUUCAGACCCAAAAAUUCACUAUGAAGUCGGAUGUGUGGUCCUUCGGGGUGCUCAUGUGGGAGUUGCUGACACGGGGGGCAUCACCAUACCCUGGAGUGGACCCCUACGACAUGGCCCACUACCUGCUGCAGGGGAGACGCUUGCCACAGCCCUCCCACUGCCCUGACACCCUGUAUGGAGUGAUGCUGAGCUGCUGGGCGCCAGCACCCGAGGCGAGACCAUCCUUCACAGAGCUGGUGGGUGAGCUGAAGCAUGUCCUGGCCACGCUGGAGGGCGAGCACUAUGUCAACCUGACUGUCACCUAUGUCAAUCUGGAUUGGGGUCCCUCCUCCACCCCUGCCCUACCAGGACAGAUGUCUGAGAGUGAGGAUGAGGAUAAGGAUAACGAGGAGGAGAAAGAAGAGGACACGGGUGUGCACUGA